AUGGUGUGCCUGGCGUUGAGGACGUGGCUGGGGCUCUUGGCGCUGCUCUGCCUUGGUUUGGGCCAAGCACUGGAGAAGAGAGUAGUCAGAAGCAAACUGGGGGAAAAGGUCAGCCUGCCUUGCUGCCGUGAGAUCCCGCGCUCAGAAAGCCUGCAGAAUUACCGGGCCUACUGGCAGAAGAAGUUUCCGGAGGUGACGGUGGUGGUGCUGGCCUACUCCGACGGGAAGAUGAUCGAGGCUGACAAGCGGUACAGGAACCGCACAGAGAUGGACCCCUGGGACCUCAUCCUGUGGAUCUCCCCCAUGGAAAUCCUGGACAAUGGCACUUACCAGUGUGUGGUUCAGCACAACUCCGUUGUUGUGUGUGACGAGAGCCUCACCCUCUUUGUUACAGCCGACUUCAGCCAGCCCAGCGUAACAGCAGAGGUGUCCGCUAGCUCCUGCGAAUCAGCCGAGAUGGUGAUAGCGUGCUCUUCUCACGGAGGUUUCCCCAAACCCAGAAUCUCUGGAGCCCUCAACAACGUGUCUGUGGAGUGGAAUGCCAGCUGGGUGUCCGAGUCCAGCCUCAGCCCGUACAACGUCACCGGCACGCUGGUGCUCAACGUGACCAGCGACGUCAACGUCACUUGCUCCGUUGAAUACGACGGCUUGGCCAAGUCCACCAGUUUGCUUCUGGAAAAAACAAAUGACUGUGUUGUUCCUCCUGUGCCUCCACCUUAUAAUGUCAUUACUGCUUCAAGCAUUGUUGUUAUCACCUUCAUUUUGGCAAUCAUCCUGGCAGCAAGAUACCUCCCAAGGCGUGUUUGUCCUCACUGUUGUAAGCCCCAGGAUCCGGUGGAAGAGGGUAUGAAGGAAGGUACAAAGCCACCUGCGAGCCUCAAAGUGACAUCUGAAACAUCAUCUGUAUGACCAGAUUGCAUUUGCAGGUUUCUCACCCCGUGCAUUCCGCACCGCAGACUCCGCCGUUCGUUGUGCAGCAAUGCUUGUGGCAUUGACCCUUUGGCUCUCUGCAAGGGGACUGAAAACACGACUGACAACAUAAUCUCAUGUGAAUGAAGUCAAACAGAAGCUUUGGGGUGCUCUCGUUACAACGGGGUCACUGGAACCCCGGCCUGGGAGGACCCUCUGUGCUCCUGCAACGGGGGCAGAAGAAGAACGUCGUCGGCAUCGACACACCAGUUCAAGGCUUUGGGAACCUCUGGCUUUGACGCUGCUUCUGUGGGAACCAGGGGCCUGCCUACCCCUUUAGCAAUGCAGAGCUGCCCCUUGGGACCCCCCAGACCCCAACACACAAGCUCAAGUCAGGUUGUGCCUCCAUGUUGUGACUGGGAGAAGCUAAAACUUCUUUUAUAUUCAGCCUCACACGAGUUCUUCAUGCUGGAGGACUUUGGAUUUGAACCUGACCGUGUCACUUUCCCCCUAAAGAGGCAGUAAUGCUCACAUUUUUCAUGAAAAAAACUUCACCUUGGAAGUGAGUCUCUCUGCCCCAUGCUUAUUUGCAGUGCUAUGGGACUUUUUAGGGAACGAUACACACUGACAGCACAGCUAACAGCCAACUAAUAUUGCUUACCCACAGCAGUGGCACAAGUUCUGGCAGCCUUUCUCUCCUGACAGGAUGACCUUGCCAACCCAGCCAACACAGCCCCUCCAUUAAAUUGCUGUGUGAGGGCACACGUGUGCAUACAAAUGUACGAGCUUUUAUGUGCAUUCCUUCCUACCCACACCUGUAAAGCCCCACUGAAAUUUGUGUUAAAGUCAGUGGUUAUCUUGCAUAUCCACUGUAAUGAAACGUAACUCAGGGCCUCGCUUCAAAAACAUAGGUCUGCUUGUGUUGGUACCUCUGCCUAGGGACACUUGUUAGGGGAGGCUCUGCAGAUUCUUGAGAGUCUCUCACAGUAACCUAAGGACUUACUUUGCACUGAAUGUUGCUGCUUUCUGCCAGUGUUCUCUCUACCCAGCCAGGACUUGAAGGAUUUUCCCUACAGAAUGCUAGUACUGGAUAGGACUCAUCUGAUCUGGCUGACAUUCUUGCCUACCGUGUAGGAAAAAUUGAUUUCUCAUUUUAAGGGGAAAGGAGGAAAAAGCCCCAACAAGCUUCCUAAGCAACUCUGCAUCCUAACCUAACUGAACCCUGCCCUGAGUUUUACAGGUAUGUUUUUCCCUUCUGCUCUGCAAGCUGUACUCAUUCCCUUAGUGCUCUAUGCAUGUUAUCAGGGCAGACCAAAGCCUGGAAGCACCUCCGUGGGAUGUAUUGUUGCCUGAGCUGUUUAUCUUCCUAGGACACAGCAAAGACAUAUUCCAUCCAUUUCACUUUUUUUUCUAGAGGGUACAUAGUGUGAGAGGAACUGCUGGAGAAAAUAGGAAGAUUAAAGUGGUUUAUGGAAUAUUGAGUUAUGAGAUCAAGUCACUAGUAAAAAAUAAGGCACUGCUCCCCUUCUACUCCUGCAGAGUUGUUUUGUCCCAUCUUUUUUUUUUUUUUUACUGCUUUCCCAUUGUACAAAGUGUAAUGGGAACUCCAGAACAUUCUUACAGAGGAGUUUUUGACAGAGAAAAGGAGAUAAGCUGGGUUAUAAGGAAACAAUACUCUGCACUUGUGUGUUCUGGUUGCAAACAGAACAUAAGUGACAGAAAUCAGAGUGUUUCCACGAGGCAGCCUGACCCUACUGCAGGACUUGGUGUAUGGGCAAUGGUGUCUCACACUUUUCAGGUUUCCUCUUCUUUCGCCUAUUCUUGUUCCUUCCAGCACAAACUACCAGCUUCUUGCAGGCUGACCACCUCUUCUGGCAUUCACUUCCACCUCUGCUCAUUUCCAGCACCAUCCUUCCCUCGAAUCACAGUGCAAUUCCACCCUGCCAGCCACACCACAGCUCUGACAGGUUGUACCAGCACGUUUUCCCUCUGACUAUCCCAUUCUCCACUUCUGCUCCUGACUGAUGAUUGUGCAGCCUCCUGGAGAAAGGUUUGUCUUUUGCACUGUGCCAAACCUUUCUACAUCACCACAGACUCCAGUGACACUUUUGGUAACUCCUUCUAAAGGAAACCAAGUUUCACUGACAAACAUGUCCACCAGCAGGUUAUUUUUACAGUCUUGAUGGGCAGGUUGUUUGGUUUGUUUUUCCUUAAGCACUAAUACCCUGAGUCCUGUUUUCUAUUGCCUUAUGCUGUAUUCAGUGAAUUGCACACAAAUGGUUUCUGUGAGACCUUCUCAGCUUAAUAUCUGGGUCAUUGUAGCAGGUGAGCUGCUCUGUUUAUCAUGGGGUUUUUGUACAU